UUUGCCCUGCAGGGCUGUUUGUGGACGGAUCCGUCAAGUCAGCCAAGCGGGCGGCGACAGCAUCUCCGGGGCAGAAACGACCUAGCCAUGGCAAGCGAGCCUGAUACGACUGAAGUGAGGGAACGGCACCGAUUCGACCAAGGGGCCUUGGAGAGAUACCUGGCCCGGCACCUGCCCGGGUUUCCCCCGCAGCCCGCCGACCCUCUGACGGCCAGGCAAUACAGCUCGGGACAGUCAAACCCAACCUUUUACCUGAAGAAAGGCCUUCAGACCUACGUGCUUCGCAAGAAACCUCAUGGCCCUCUCCUUCCUCUUGCUCACAAGGUUGACAGAGAAUAUCGAGUUCAGAAAGCCUUGUUUGCAGCUGGAUUCCCAGUUCCUGAGCCCCUGUUAUACUGCAGCGAUGUUUCUGUGAUUGGAACGGAGUUUUACGUGAUGCAACAUGUACAGGGUCGCAUCUUCCGAAACAUCGCAUUACCUGGAGUGGCCCCAGCGGAAAGGUCCGCUUUGUAUGUAGCUCUGAUAGAAACCCUGGCAAAGCUGCAUUCGUUCAGUGUGAGUUCGCUGGGGCUCCAAAGCUAUGGGCGAGAACCAGGUUACUGCAAGAGGCAGGUAUCCACUUGGAGAAGACAGUAUGAAGCAGCUGCUCAUACUGAGAUUCCAGCUAUGAAUGAGUUAGCCGAAUGGUUAAUGAACAACCUGCCAGCUGGUGAUGAUGAAGAAAAACUGAUCCAUGGAGACUUUAGAAUAGAUAACAUCAUCUUUCAUCCAAGAGAGGCCCGUGUUGUGGCAGUGCUGGACUGGGAACUUUCGACUGUAGGGCAUCCUCUGGCAGACCUUUCUUACCCUCUUGCUUUCUUCUUUUGGCCCAAAGCCCUGAUACAUUUAAAGUUCGGGAGUUUCCAGAAUGUAAACGACAUUGCAGGAAUUCCUUCACUGGAAGAACUGGUUGCAAUUUACUUUCGCUGCAGGGGCACAAGCGCUGCCUUGCCCAACCUGAAUUUCUUUCUUGCCCUUUCAUUUUUUAAAGUAGCUUCAAUAUGCCAGGGUGUAUAUGCCAGAUACCUCCUGGGAAAUUCCUCUGCAGAAAACAGCGUUGAGUUUGCCAACAUAGUGAAACCAUUGGCAGAAGCUGGAUUACAGUUAGGGAAAAAAUCAUCUUCUGUUGCUGGCAUUCAGCCUUCUAGCACCGGUGAAUUGUUCCAGCAGUCUAAAGAGGGUAGGGAAGUCCUCCAGAAGGUGAAAGACUUCAUGAAAAAGCAUGUUUUCCCUGCUGAAAAGGAAAUGGUAGAGUAUUAUACCAGGAAUAAAAAUUCGCCAGACAUAUGGAAAAAACCUGCUGUGAUUGAAAGACUGAAGGAAAGGGCCAAAGCGGAGGGUCUCUGGAACCUUUUCCUGCCAGCUGUUAGUGGACUGGGCCAGUUGGACUACGCGUUAAUCGCGGAAGAGACCGGGAAGUGCUACUUUGCUCCCGAUGUCUUCAACUGUCAGGCACCAGACACAGGAAACAUGGAGGUCCUGCACUUGUACGGGACAAAAGAACAAAAGAAGCAAUGGCUGGAGCUUCUCCUGGAAGGGAAAAUUAAUUCUUGCUUCUGCAUGACAGAACCUGAUGUUGCUUCAAGUGAUGCUGCCAAUAUGGAGUGCAGCAUUCAGAGAGACGGAGGCAGCUAUGUAAUCAAUGGCAAGAAGUGGUGGAGCAGUGGAGCCGGCAAUCCAAAUUGCAAAUUUGCUAUUGUGAUGGCCAAAGAUAAAAAUACCUCUGCAUCCAGAUACAAACAGCACAGUAUGAUCAUUGUGCCGAUGGAUACGCCAGGAAUCCAGCUAAUAAGGCCUCUUUCAGUCUUUGGAUACUUUGAUUAUUUUCAUGGUGGACAUUUUGAAGUGCAUUUUAAUGAUGUCCGAGUGCCUGCCUCAAAUUUAAUACUUGGAGAAGGAAGAGGAUUUGAAAUUGCUCAAGGAAGACUUGGCCCGGGCCGUAUCCACCACUGCAUGAGGUCAAUAGGAGCAGCAGAAACGGCGCUACGAAUCCUGUGUGAGCGUUCAGCCCAGCGGGUGACAUUUGGGAAGAAGCUGUACCAUCACGAAGUUGUCACUCACUGGAUUGCUGAAUGCCGCAUUGCUAUUGAGCAAGCAAGGCUACUUACAUUGAAAGCAGCCAGCAGAAUAGAUGCACUGGGCAACAAAGAGGCCAGAAAAGAGGUUGCUAUGAUCAAAGUGGCGGCCCCCCGAGCAGUCCUUAAAGUGAUCGAUUGUGCCAUUCAAGUUUGCGGAGCUGCUGGAUUCUCUGACGACUUCCCAUUGGCUCAAAUGUUUGCCUAUAUUCGGACCUUGCGUGUAGCAGACGGGCCUGAUGAAGUUCACCUCUCAGCGAUUGCAAAACUGGAACUGCUCGACCAAGCCAAGCAGCUUAAUGCACAUUUGUAAUAUUUUCUGCUUAGUCAUGAUAGUAACACAAUUUUCUGAAAAUAGGAACUGUUGUUUUUCUUAAACUUAGGCAGGAAAAGAAGCGUAAAGAAUGGAGGAUGACCAAGUUAGCUGAAUUAGAGAACUUUACAUUUUGACUGUUCUCCAUUUAUGGAUGUCUUGAGUAAACUUAACUCUUACUGA